CUCCAUUAUUGGAUCAAGGAAAAAGAAUAAUGCAUGUCUUACCAAUUUAUAUUAUAUUUUUAAUACCGGCAGUUCUGUGCACAUGUAUGAAAGACUGUACAUGGAGGUGAUGAUUGAGGAAGACUUCACGAACAUGGAUGGGUCAACCGGUCUCUACGUGACACAAGAAAGUCUCUUGUCAGAUUAUACUGCCUUCGUUAUGAUCCGCGACGCUCCUUUUAAAGAAAAGAUCGACUACUGCAUGAUGAUCUUCCACACGGCUGGCCUGACUGAAAAGUGGAAGGACAUUGCGAUGGAUGAUGUCCGUAGGGACAAUCGAAUAAAGCGAAGAAAAUUAAGAGCCGAGACUGAAGAAGUCAUCGUCGCUCCUGAAGUAACUAUUAAGCCCCUCUCCAUGAUACACAUGCAAGGGCCGUUCCUCCUGUACGUUCUUUGUGUCAUGGUCUCCUUCACUACCUUUCUCAUUGAAGUCAUCAGACCUUCUUUCUUUAGACGCAACCAGCAGAACUGAUAUCCACAUUACAGUCGUAGUUUCCGGACAGUAGUGACACUGAGAGGGUUAAAUCACAAGGUCUAAGCCUCCAGAGAAUGAUAGCCGAUAAAAAGGUUUUAGUACUUUAUUUACCUAUUUUAUCAUAAUUUUCCUUCAAGCCAACACACUUACUGGUGGUGCAGCAUCUGGAUACCACUGGAGUAAAGGUUCUUUGUUAGGGACCUGUGGUAGAAGUCCACGACUUCCAUGACCAACUCAUCAGUGGCAUAGCGUUGGCAUCGUUUUAUAAUUUUCACAACACCUGUCAAGUAUGUUCACUUCGUAAACAUACCAAAGAAGACGAAUUAUUUGAAAAUAUAUAUCAAUACCAUAUUAAUGGUAUUUAGCAAAUUAUGGAGACAAUUUAAAUUCCCUGACUCACUAUUUUCUAGUGAGGCUCAAAACUUUUGGCAUCCCUAGUACUUUCUGUAUUUAAUAUGCAAAAAAAUAACGAA